UAUUGUUACGAAUUAAAAAUAUGAUGCAAAUUAAAUUAUGUUAUUUAUAAGAUAAUAAUGGAUGAAUUAAUUGAUUGAAGUAAUGAGUAAAUGUUUUAAAUGAUUGAGAAAUUAUAUGUUGAGGAGAAUUUCACAAAUAAUAUAACUAUAUAUAUUGGAAUAGAAUAGAAAGAUAUAGUAUUUGGAUACAGUCGUUUAAUUGAAAACAAACAAUUAGAUUUCAAAGUUAAAAAAGAACAAAAUAAAAUUGAGACCGGAAAUAGGAUUCAAAGUAAUUAAAUUAAAGUGAAUGUGAUCAUUUACAGAAAGUGGUUGUACUAUGCCAUCGUAGGAUAACAACCCAAUAGGUUCCAUGGUCACAAAAUGUGAAGUUUGAACAAACUGAUAUCACGGAAUUUGGAAUAAGAUGUACACAAUAGAAUAUAAUCGAACUACAGAUUAAGGAUAAAAUGACUUGUUGUAUCCAAAUACUAGCAUAGCAUUUAGCACAAUGACAAGAUGUUUCCAAAAAAUAAAUAGAAGUAUGCUCAUAAAAAAGUAACAUACUGGCCGCAUACUGGAAAAAUAAAAAACAAUGACAAAAACAAAAAAUGACACUUUGGAUAUGCUCAGAGUUCUGUUAAUUAUACCUUUAACUAUGCACAUCAAACUGACAAUAUUUAAAUAAAAUAUUUUUCAGCCAAAAAAAAAAAAAAAAAAUUACUCUCACAAAACAGAAAGUUCAACAGAAUUCCUUUAGUUAUACCUUUAAUUAUGCACUUCAAAUUGACACUAUUUAAACAAAACAUAUUUUAGACAAAAAAAAACAAACAGGAAAUUGAACAUUUCAAAAGAUGCCUAAAAUCUUUCAAGAAAUGAAUAAAAGAAGAGAAGUUUUUUUUUUUAAAAUUUCAUUUUUGCAUUUAAACAGAAUGCAUAAAAAACAAAGAUACAAAAGAAGGAUGAAUUUAAAUGGUGAUAAGAUAAAUACAGAAGGAAUGCUUAAAUUAAAUAUUAAAGAAAGUUUUAAAAGUAUGAAAAGGUAGAUAUGAAGGACAUUGAAAUUAGCAAAAAUUAAGAUUUUGAGAAGUUGUAAAAAAAAAAAGAAUAAAUUUCCUCGAUAUGGGCUGCAUCUCGGAAAGAGAAAGGCAGAAGAUUCGAAAGAGAAUGCGUGACAAUAUACAAAAGCAUCUGUUGAUUUGUACAAAUCCAGACAAGAAAUGACCAAUUAAAAUUCAAGAAGCAGAGAGUUUGAAAAUCGGACGAUUUGGAUUGGCUACAUGUGCCCCCCUAAAAAAUAAAUGAAGAAAAUAGAAAGUUGGGGAUGGAGGGGUAUCUCUCCUCACGAGAAGGGCAAUAUCCGUUGACCCAGCAAUGAAGGGCGAAUAAAAAGUUAAUAUUCUUUUCGAAAAGGAAAGUGAAAUUUUGCCAGACAAAAUAUAUUCAACAUAUUUGUGUUAAAAUUGGGAAAAGUCCCUUAAUUUAAGGAAAAUCACUUGAAAGUUUCCCAUUAAAUGAACUCAUACAGUUAUAAAAAAUUGAGAUCAAAUAAAGGUUUCAAAAAUUUAAAGUGAAGAUUUAAAUAAAAGAGUAAUUGUAACAUUACACUAAGUGUAACUGUAACAAAUAUGUAUUUUUUUUUACUGAUAACAUUAUUAUUCCACUUUUUAAUCUUUUGCUUACAGCUGGUACAAUAAGUGAACCAGAAAAGGCUUAAUCAUGCUAAGUGAUGUAAGCAAGAUAUGAGAUGCAAGUUAUGAGAUAGAUCAUGGAUGCCUCUUCCAAAGGAAAACCAAAAACAGUCCCCUUUCAAACUGUGACCAGAUAUCGCUCCCGUGCGGCAAUAACAUCUAAAAUCAUGCCUUCUCCUGUAGUAGUAGUGAAAAAAUUGAGUCCGUCUCAGUAUGCUAAACGAAAAGUUUCAUCACCAAAGAACAGUCAAGAUGCAUCAGCAGUCAGGAUUAGCGAUGAAUCUAAGAAGCGGGAGAAUGCGGCUCGUUCAUGUCAUCCUUCUACUAGUAAAGUUGAUAAGUCAAGUUCAGCUCCUAAAAAGGCAAAGAUGAAAAAAACGGAGCCAAGACUCUCAACCAAGACUAUUUCUGCAGUUGCCAAGAAAAAGACGGGUAGACCAAAGAUGGCAAAUAAAACAAACUCUAAAACUUCUCAUUCCUCAUCUGAUCAAGCUUGCAAAGGUUCUAAGAGUUGCCAGCAUUGCAGAACAAAGGACGAAACCAUAAGUUAUCUGCAAAGCAGAGUCAAGUUUUUGGAAGUGGAGGAAGCAUCUAUUCUAAGGAGGCAACCAAUAUAUGAAGGUUUUGGUUUCCCUCUUGCACUGAACCUCUGAUUUAUGCAUCGAACCCAUAAAUCACCAGAAAGGGGAAGUGAAGAUCUACCAAAACCAUUGAGUGACCGUUAGUGACGCUCCUCCCUU